AGAUGGGAAAAUCAUACCUGUCCAUAUAUAAAGGAGGGUGGUACAAAAAAUGCCGUGUCAUUUAAUAUAUUUCGGUCGAGCUGUACGGAUUAUAGUUCGCUUGGUGCUCUCUUGUAGUUUUAACAUAGUACCGUCGUGUCUUAAAGUGUAAAUAUAGAAUUACUCUAGUGGUUUUUAUUUUUAUAUAAAUUAAAUAAAAUCAAAUUCAUACAAAAUGAGAGCUUUCGCUAUUGCAAGUGUUUGUCUAAUGAGUGUUUUAAGUGUUAGUUUAGCACAAUUUUCCAAUGGACGUGUUCUCGAUCCACCAAAUCCACAACUAUGCGCACAGAGGAUAAUCCACGAAAAGACACCCGACGGAAAAGGAUACUUUUUCUCGUGGAGAGAUCCCAGCCUAAAGGGCGUUGAAGAAGAUUGGUUGACCGCUAGAAACUACUGUCGUAGACGGUGCAUGGACUCAGUUUCAUUGGAAACAAGCUUAGAAAACGAAUGGAUUAAAGCGCGUUUGGUAAACGAAAAUGUCAAAUACAUCUGGACAAGUGGUCGAAUUUGUGAUUUCAAGGGAUGUGAACGUCCAGAUCUUCAACCAACCUCAAUUAACGGGUGGUUCUGGACAGCUACUCUACAAAAACUUGCCCCUACUAACGAACGCCAGCAAGGUGAUUGGUCACCAACUGGUGGAAUUGGUCUGCCACAACCCGAUAACCGGGAAUUGAAACAGGGUGGUGCCCCCGAAAACUGUUUGGGUCUGUUGAAUCAAUUUUACAAUGAUGGUGUUAACUGGCACGAUGUUGCAUGCCAUCACAAAAAACCAUUUGUUUGCGAGGAGAACGAUGCUCUCUUAAAAUAUGUUCGUUAUACAAAUCCAAAUUUACGAGUCUAAGGGCAAAAUAUGUUGUUAGAAAAACAAAACGAACGAAGUUAUACAUCUAAAAAACUGUAUACAAAAAAUAUUGCUAUUGAAAAAUAGGCACAAAUAUUUAGAGCAUACCAAAAAUGAUAAUUUGCUAAUGUUUUUAAGUUAGUAUCUUUUUAUUUAAUUUCUUCUAUUAUUUUUAUUCUUAAAAACAUUAUUAUUUUAUUGUAUUCUAAGUUAUUAAAUUUGAAUAUGCUCGCAUCACAACGCAUGAAUACAUUCAAAGAAAAAUGUUAUCUA